GAGACGGAGCAGCAGAGGGACCAGGACGAGGACCUCCAACACUUUCUGACGGUGUCAUUUGAACGUUUGGGGGGCUGAACUUCUUCCCCAGAAUGUGAAGCUUAAACGGAGUUUUUUUUUUGUAUGUCCGUGCGGGAUUUGAGCACCAUGGACGGGAUAACAGGACCAAGAGGAACGUUAAUCCUGUGAUGGUCCGCCGGUAAUACUUCGACAGGCAGCUUUAGCUAGUGCGUCUAGUGUAUCAUUAGUUAUGGCGUCUGCUGUAUCUCUCCUCGUAUAAAUUACCGCUGGGUUCUUCUGUCUGGAGUUUGUAUUCUACUUCACAGUUAUUAACAGAGACAAGAAAGCAACAACGACAUGUACGCCGGACGGAAAAGAAGAAAACCAGCGCAGAAGGGAGUCAAACCCGCCGCGGCUGAAAGUGCCAAGUCCAACCCGUCCAAACGCCACCGCGACCGCCUCAACUCAGAGCUGGACCGGCUCGCCAGCCUGCUGCCCUUCCCCGAAGACGUCAUCUCCAGCCUGGACAAACUGUCCAUCCUCCGCCUCAGCGUCAGCUUCCUCCGCACCAAGAACUUCUUCUCCGUGGCGCUGAAGAACCAGCUGUCCAAUGCCGUGGCGAAGAGCGGCGAUCACAGUGAUGGUCUCCUGCCCGAGGGGGAGCUGCUGCUGCAGGCCCUGAAUGGCUUUGUCCUGGUCGUGACAGCGGAGGGAAUCGUCUUUUUCUGCUCUCACACCAUCCAGGAUUACCUCGGCUUCCAUCAGACCGACGUGAUGCACCAGAGUGUGUUUGAGCUGAUCCACACUGAAGACCAGCAGGAGUUCAGGAGCAACCUGCACUGGGCCCUCAACCCCCCAACGGACCCCUCAACAGGUGACGAAACGGUUUCGUCGUCUUCCUGCCUGGUGAGCUACAACCCCGACCAGCUUCCUCCGGAAAACUCCUCCUUCCUAGAGAGAGGCUUCGUCUGCCGCUUCCGCUGUUUGUUGGACAACUCCUCCGGCUUCCUGGCGUUGAACAUCCAGGGUCGACUCAAGUUCCUCCACGGUCAGAGCCGUCAGCAGCGCGACAGCGAGGGGAGUACCCCGCCUCAACUCGCCCUGUUUGCCAUCGCCACACCCCUCCAGCCUCCGGCCAUCCUGGAAAUCAGGACCAAGAACAUGAUCUUCAGGACCAAACACAAGCUCGACUUCACGCCCAUGGCCUGCGACGCAAAGGGUAAAAUUGUUCUGGGCUACACAGAGGCGGAGCUGAGAGUUCGAGGUUCGGGAUACCAGUUCAUCCACGCCGCCGACAUGCUGCACUGCGCCGAAAAUCACGUCCGAAUGAUGAAGACGGGCGAGAGCGGCCUCACCGUCUUCAGGCUGCUCACCAAGGAAAACCGGUGGAAGUGGGUCCAGGCCAACGCCAGGCUCGUCUACAAGAGCGGCAAGCCAGACUAUAUCAUCGCCACCCAGAGGCCCUUGGUGGAUGAGGAAGGAGGGGAACACCUGAGGAAGCGAUCAAUGCACCUUCCCUUCACCUUCGCCACCGGAGAAGCAAUGCUCUACCAGACCGGGUAUCCACUGCACGGCUUCCCCGAUUCCGUCCAGUGCAAAACCAAAAGCAGCAAGUCCAAGAAAGGCAAGCUGGACAAGAGCACUUUGGACGACCUGGACCCAAAGUCCUUGCUGGGAGCACUGAUGAGCCAGGAUGAGUCUGUGUAUGUCAGCCAGCCGGACACGGAGCCUAAGAUGUCUUACCACAGCAGCCUUUUCAGCGAGCAUCAAGCUAACAGUGAGGGUUUUGGGGGCUUGUUAAGUGGCGAUGGCUGGCACAUCGCAUCUAACGGGGCGACGGGGAGAUGCAAUGGCAAAACAUCCAGUUAUGACCCAAUGCUGGCCACUUUGGACUCUUUGUCCCUGGACGAAGAGGAAACGUGCUCCAACACUGAGCUCUUUAGCGCCCUGGAGAACCUGUGCCUAAACGCCGAAGACCUGGAGCUCCUGCUGCUGGACGAGAGGAUGAUCCAGGUGGAGCUGGGCCCCAGCCACAUCCCAACACUUAGUGACCUUCUCACCAACAACGAAAUUCUCUCCUACAUCCACGACUCAUUGGAACGUGGUACAGGAGGGGAGGAGCAAGGAGACAGAGGUGGAUUCGGACCAGACUCGGCCCAAAGCGUCUCCCAACAGCCACAGGCGGACUUCACACCUGCCGUCCCUGCAGCUCGUCCCAUCAUCGAGUUAUCGCAAGAGAUGCAGCAACAUGUGAAAGCUCAAACGAGGCAGAUUGAGUCCAUCUCCCAGCCCGGAACAAUGGACACCAAGAUAUUAAAUGGGAACGGUCACUGGGUGGGAACGUCGGAGAACCACCAUCACCCACACACUAUACUCAAAGCCUCGCAGUUGAACGGAGAACAUAAGCUUCUUUCCUCGCUUCCAGACUCGAGUCAGGAGUUGCAGCUUCAGCAGGACCAGCACUCGCUCCUCUUCCAGUCCCAGCGUCAGGGGAGCAGCCAGAACGCUUUGCCGCCCGGCUUCCAGAAUCAGCCAGGACUGACAACAAACGGGUCUUACAUCCCACACGGACACACUAACUUUCCAGCGAACACGGAUGUCAACCACACAGGUUACAACAUCUUCGACACGCCACAUACAGGUGGCACAAUGCCGAAUGGCGGGACCACACCGGACGUCUGUCACUACCAGCGGUUGGUGGCCGGCGCUCGGUCCUGCCAGCUCCAGGGUCACCAGAAACACCAGCACACAUUGCAACAGACUCAGGUUCCCCAGUGUCCCGCCCAGAGCUCUACACUGGAGUUAGAGCACUUACUGGGUUUGUCCCAGCCACAGCACAGCCUGCCGUCUUUAGAGGCCUACGGGAUGUUCAACACCCCCGCACAAGACUCCUCUCACAGCAAGAUGGAGAACGGCUGCCUCCUCAGUGCCGCCAACGCAGCGUACAUCAGGACCUGUCUGAUGCCCAAUGGGAACGGAGUGGGGACCGGCGACAUCCCAGACUCACUCCUCGCCCUGCAGGACCCACAGAAAUCUGGAUUUUUCCUCUGAAAGGAGGGUGGCAGAGGAUCAGCGGAGGCUAGAAGAGAAGGUACAGAGGGGGGAAAAAAGAGAAAAAACGCCCCUUUCGAUAUAUCCGCAUCUUGUUAAUUUAACAAUUAGUGGGAAGAAGAAGAGGCGAAAAACUACUCUUUAUCCAGAAAAGGACUCUAUAUAUCAGGCUCUCUCUUUUUUGCUUCGACGUCUCAUCCCUUAGUCGGACAUUGCACUCGUGAAACUCAGAACCGACAAGACAUGACGGGGAAAACAAA